CUUCUUAAUGACCGCAAUUAUUACUCUUGUCUCCCAUACCCCGCACGAUCGAAUAAGCUAAGAAAUGCAUGCGCGAGACUGGCGGUUGGGGACCUUCAGUCUCAACGGCUGAAAGUGACGUUAGAAGUGAGCGAGUCUAACCUACCUCGGAAGCGACAGCUUGAGCUCUGUGAAACUAGGCACCAGGCCAAAUGGAGGUCGAGACUGAGCAAAAGAAACGGCAGCGCUUGGCGCGAAUCCGAGAGAACCAGCGCAAGAGCAGGGCGAGAAAGCAGGAGUACAUCCAAGAACUGGAACAUAACCUGUCCGUCUGCAAAAAGCAAGCUCAUCAGCAAGAUAUCAACAACCGGAUAUCUAUACAGAAGCUAGAAGUCGAAAAUGCAAAACUGCGUCAACUCUUGUCCCGCCUCGGCGUGGCACCUCCUUCCGUCGAUGAGUAUCUACGGGGAGAGGAUAAUCCUAUCGUGGCCCAGAAAGUAGCAAUACCAGCUCUGCGUCGACCGGAAGUCAAUAUACAGGCAGCUCCUGUGGAGAGCAAGUCUGGUUGCAGAACCGCCUCUCAACCUCCCCCUCAACCUACUUCACAACGCCCCCUGAAUCUCCACGAAAGUAUUACGGAGGCUGCAAAGUCCCUGCAGUCGCUAGCCAGUAGUAUGGCUGCGAUAGAAGCCAAUAAGAAACCUGCCUGCCAACAAGGACCAUGUCAGCAACCUCGGCCUCGUGAACAGGAGUCACUCCAGCCGGAACAAUCUCAACAGAAAGGGUCCUGCUGCGGCCAAAUCCAGCCCCAGCAGUCUCAACCGGAGCAACCUCGGACAGAGCCGCCUCAGACAGAGCAGCCUCACACCACACCUCCGGUGGAAUCUCCUAAAAGUGAAGAAGCCUGCGACUGUCCUCCGGCAGUGGAGGAACUAUGUGGAUGUCCUCCCUCUGAGGGUGUCCCUGAAUCUUGGCCUAGCGGUGAUGCAGUCUUGAACACUACUCUGUGCUCUGUCGCGGGGGAGUUGAUCAGCCAGUACAACACUCGUGGUGUUGAUUUGACCGAAAUUCGCAAGAAACUAUGGGCUGGUUUUCGGAAGGGAUCGUCUGCAGAAGAGGGCUGUCGAGUGCAGAAUCAGGUGCUCUUUGAGAUAUUGAAUGAAAUUAGCGGAAAUCUAUCUUAAUUAUUAUCAUAUACUCUAUUAUCAUGAGUGCU